UUACUUUCAUUUAUAUUUUAUCUUAAGGCGGAUUCGUGUUGUACCAUUCUUUUUUCCGAUACCUGACGUAGAGGGUCUACAAAGUUAGUUUAAAGGAGUCCUCAAAAGAGGGCUAUUAUUUCACAGCCAAAAGGUUAUACGCGCUUUAAUUUUGAAUCGUAAUUUAUUAGAUUUCAAAUAUCUCUUUCGCUGAGUAGAUAAAGUUUAUAACGAAUCAAAAGAUAUUUGUUUCCUAAGGUCGAAAAACUUUCAAUACUACGUCAUUGGAGCUGAAUACAAAAGUUUGUAAACAAGACGUCUUGAAUAGAAAAUUGUAUCAAGUGCUAAUGAGCGGUACCGGGUAUAAAGUACUAAAAUAUCGUUUUAAUUAAGGGACUAUCGUAUUUCGUCAUUUAAACUGUAUGUCGUCUGCUUGUGAGAAGGACGUUGGUCUGUACAUGGAAUAAAUUGAAACAAAAGGAUUUACGCUAAAUUUCAACACAAAAAGCUGCGCAAAGGGAAAAUAAUUAGUGAUAACUGUACCAUUAUGUGUUGUAACUGAGAACGUUUUAUUUUUCAUAUUAGCCAUAUUAUUUUCCAUUUAAGACAAAAAACUUACAUAGAAAAAAUAGUUACGGUUUCGGAUACAAAAGACUUGAUUAUAAAAUCAUAUCUUACAUCAUGACUCUGAAAACUGCUGAUGCAGAUGUGGACAGAUAUAUAAAGGAAAGCUGCAGAAGUUUUAAGGAAUGCGAGGUCAAGAAUACGGCCAGGAGAAACUCCUUAUUGAAACGGACGCUGGGGAUCGAAUCAGAACGUAGAAUAGCCAGCGCCAAAUUAUCGAGGGAGGAGAGACAGUUACGGGAACAGCUUAAACAGAUGAAUAUUGAAAAGGCCAAAAAUCACAUAGUUCACAAUUUAAGAGAUAGCAAGAAAAAGAAAAAGGUUCAAAAGAUACCAGAGGAGCAUGCACUUCCUAUAGAGCCAUAUCCGGUCACAUUUCGCUCACAUACACCGACACAUAAAGAGCUUGACAAUCAUUUGGAAGCCGCAGGCAAAAAAUAUGCACGGUCUGGACGAAGAAGACAGUCAAAAGAAUUUGAAGAUUUAAACCUUGACACCGGGUCUGGCACCCUGUCUCAUAUUCAGGAGCACGCGGAGGAAGAUUAUGGAACCAGGCCGCGUGUUUAUUCAAUGUCGUAUGCCCAGAAAAUUAUGGCGGGAACACAUUUUAGCAGCAAUCAUAGCUCCCCUAGAGCAUCCCCAGAUAUAAGACGAAAACUACUUAAAAGAAACAGUGGCAAGGGAGCUAAUUCAAGUGGUUCGUCUAAAGAAAGUUUAACCGAUAGUAAUGAAAGAAUUACCUCCCUUGAAAACUUAUAUUGGGUUGGAAAUCCCGAGGCAAUUCAUUCAGUCAGACGUCCACGUAAAAAGGCGGAAGAACUUGAAUUGGAAUCAGAAAUACACAAAUUGAGUAUAAAAUGAUGCAUGAAUUAAAUUUAAUACAUUGUACAUUUUUUUAAUCAAACUGUAUAUGCUAUGUGCCAAAAAUAGUAUGUUUUCUACGCCAAAGACAAGUGACAAGCUUUAACAAUUUUUCAUUUACCACUUAAUAUAUAAAUAGUGUCAAUUUACAAUCACAGUUAUGACUUGUACAUUAUAUGGUUGAUACAAAAUUGAAAAUGAACAAGUUUGAAUAAAAAAAGUUUCUUUCAGAAGACUAAUGUCUUGUAUUGGAAUCGACUCGUAUGAUUGUCUAAAACCUCCAAAUCUUUAUAUUGCAGUUAUUCGUCGAUUUCAAUUUAAACAAGGUGCUUAGUAUUGCGAUUGGAAUAAGACAUUUAGCCAUCUUAUGCCAUAUUUGAAUAACAAGCAUAAAGAAUUGCUUAUUGCAACGAUUUGAACUUUGUGCAUAUAACUUAGAAUAAACCCUAUCGAUAUACUGAUGUCGGAAGCGUUUUGAUAUACAAUGUACAUGUAGUGCUUAUUAUAUAUCUACAUAAUUCAACAGAAAACUCCUGUCUUAACUUAUGGUGAUAUUAUGGUAAUCAUGACGUAAAAUAAAUUGACAUUUUCUUGUGAA